AAGAUAAUAAUAAUAAAUAAAAAAAACAACAAUAUUGUUGUGACUGCGGUAUAGCAAGAGCGAAAAUAUAGGUUGUAGUGGGGCGAUGCGUAGUAGGGGAAAAUUAAAAAGUGGGGAGCAUCAGCAACAGCAGCAUCACCAGCGGCACCGAGUGAUUCCUCGUGUACUCGUCUGUGAUUAUCGUGUCUUUAGUCUCUCUAUAAUUUUUUAAAAAUUUCCUCACAAAUUUAUCGGGGAGAAAUAAAAAAAAAUUCAUGAUUUUAGUCGGGGGUUUUCAAAAAUGCGGGAAAUUUUUUUAAAAAAUACCAUAAAGUAAAAAAUAAUUAUUAGAAAUGUUUUUCUGUGUAAUGCUUAAAGUGAAAAAAGUGUCUGUGUGUCUGAAUUUAGAGUAGUUAUUAUUAUUUGUUUUGUUUUGUUAAUUAUAUGACUUAUUGCAACGAGAGUUAUUGGCGCAAAGCGCCUGAAAUGACGAACACGCGACAGUAUUUUUCGCAAUUGCUAAAAAAUUACUUGCGCCUGCAACACCACCACCACAGGCACCGCUGCAAGACGGUGCUUAUUUUUAUCGGAGUUCUGUUGAUUGAUAUUCAAAAUGUUUCAGGCGGCAUUUGCUGGAGCUCGAUAAGCAAUAGUAAGUGCAAGGAGUUAUUGUCCCAAGGUGUUACACGUGAAGAGUGCUGUGCGUCAAAUGCAGCCGCAGCGACCGCAUACUCCGAAGAGGAUCUCGACAGCGGAAGUUUGUUUUUUUGGCGAGUACUCGGUGGCGGGGUUCAUUGUCGUCCUUGUAGGGAAAGCUGCGCACAAGUCCAAUGCGAGGAGGGAAAAAAAUGUGUGGUGCGACGUGGUAGACCUCGAUGCGUGUGUAGUCCAGAGUGUAAAACACCACGCGGUGGCUCUAAUGGUCCCGUAUGCGGCACCGACGGCAGAAGUUACAGAAGUCUAUGUCGCCUUAAAAAACACGCUUGCAAAAAAGCUAGUCACGAGCUUACUGUCGCUUACCACGGCUACUGUCAAAGUUCGUGUACGCGGGUGCACUGCGGACAGGGCCGAAGCUGCCUCCUGGACCAGAAUCUGAGCCCGCACUGCGUUAAGUGUGCGCGUAAGUGCCCGCAGUCCUCUUUGGGUGGAAUCCUGGAGCAGAAGCAGUCGCUCCAGCCGAUGGCCAGCAGACCAGUUUGCGGCGCCGACGGUAAUACUUACAAGAGUGCAUGUCAUCUGCGUCUAGCGGCUUGUCGCGCAGGCCGCGCUAUUCCAGUAGCUUACAAAGGCCAUUGUAAACAGAACGCAGACUGCACGACGAUAAGAUGCCGAGAGGGUCAAACAUGUCUGACAGAAAUAAAAACAAAUCGGCCGCGGUGCGUGACUUGCAUGUACCGAUGCCCCAGUGCUCAGAGGAAGCACGAAAAUUCCGAAAAGAGGCAGCGGUUCCGCGGCGAUGACCCGGGAUAUCCAUCAGUAUUAUGCGCGACCAACAACAUGACUUAUCCGAGCUGGUGUCAUAUUAUUAAGGAUGCCUGUGUCACUGGGUUCGUCCUGGAGACUAAGCAUGCCGGACCUUGCAAUAUUCACGACACUUCUAUUUAUGAUGAAGAAAAUAUUACUUCAGCCAGCUACGGAGUCGAUUUAAUGGACGAAGUUUCAAAAUUUAGUGAAAAUUUAACGCGAAAUAAUUAAAUAACUA